GCAUGCCGAAAGAACGACAUCGAUAUUGUUCGACAGUUGCUCGAAUGCGGUGCCAACGUCAACUCCUGCAAUCGAUACAACUUGACACCGGCCAUGUACGCAGCAAAGUACAGCAGUCCCGAACUGCUCGAUCUGAUCCUUUCAUACAAACCGGAUCUCGAGAAGCUGUCUUUCAUCAACACUUCAGUCACCCACUGGUCCAUCUGGAGAGGCGAUGCUAGCAUGACUGAGCAGAUCAUCAAAGCCGGAGCCGGGCUCCACCACCGGUCCUUCAGUGGCGACACUCCGCUACAUUUUGCUGUGCUUUCUGGUUCCAUGGAUGUCAUAUCAAUACUGCUCAAGUAUGGAGCUGACCCCUUCAAUCAGAACGGAGAGGGAAAGACCCCGCUUGACCUGGCG